AUGUUGACUGAUAAUCAACGAGGAGGAAUUAUUGCCGGUUACUACCUUGGACAUUCAUGUCGUGCUAUCGCCAAAGUUGUCGGGUGUCACCAUUCUUCGGUCAUGAGUUGGCCACCUGCCAUUGAUUAG